UUAAGAAUUUGCUGGUGCUAACUGGACAUCUCUUUGUGUGUCGGAUCUCGAGAUUGACCUGGAAGAUGUUGGCCUCCAAGAACAUGCCCUGGCGGCGGCUGCAGGGCAUUUCCUUCGGAAUGUAUUCGGCUGAGGAGCUCAAGAAAUUAAGUGUUAAGUGCAUUACCAACCCUCGCUAUGUGGACAACCUGGGGAACCCUUCAGCAAAUGGCCUGUAUGAUUUAGCCUUGGGCCCUGCAGAUUCCAAAGAAGUGUGCUCCACCUGUGUGCAGGACUUCAGCAACUGCUCUGGGCACCUGGGCCACAUUGAGCUCCCGCUCACAGUGUAUAACCCUCUCCUCUUUGAUAAACUCUACCUGCUACUCCGAGGCUCUUGUUUAAAUUGUCACAUGCUGACUUGUCCUCGGGCUGUGAUUCACCUAUUGGUCUGCCAGCUGAGGGUUCUGGAAGUUGGAGCCCUACAAGCUGUCUAUGAGCUCGAGCGAAUUCUGAACAGGUUUCUGGAAGAAAAUGCUGAUCCUUCUGCCACUGAAAUUCAGGAAGAGUUAGAAGAAUACACAAUGAAAACUCUGCAGAACAACCUCCUGGGGUCCCAGUGUGCACACGUGAAAAAUGUGUGUGAAAGCAGGAGCAAACUCAUUGCUUACUUCUGGAAGGCACAUAUGACUGCUAAGCGAUGUCCCCACUGCAAGACUGGGCGGUCGGUUGUCCGAAAGGAGCACAACAGUAAGCUGACAAUCACGUACCCAGCCAUGGUGCACAAGAAAUCUGGCCAGAAGGACACAGAGCCCCAAGCUCCAGGAAUUGAGGAAGCUCAGAUGGGGAAACGAGGGUACCUGACACCCAACAGUGCCCAAGAACAUCUUUUUGCCAUUUGGAAGAAUGAAGGAUUCUUUUUGAAUUACCUGUUUUCGGGCCUUGGCAAUGUUGACACAGAAUCCAGAUUCAACCCCAGUAUGUUCUUUCUCGAUUUUGUGGUGGUACCGCCCUCCAGGUAUCGUCCUGUCAAUCGCCUGGGGGACCAGGUGUUUACCAAUGGCCAGACAGUGAACUUGCAAGCUGUCAUGAAGGAUGUAGUUCUGAUCCGGAAACUUCUGGCAUUGAUGGCCCAAGAACAGAAGCUGCCUUGCGAGGUGGCAGCACUCACCACAGACAAGGAUAAAGACUUUUCAGUUGCUAUGGACCGAUCCUUUUUAACUAUGCUUCCAGGCCAGUCUCUCACAGACAAACUUUAUAACAUUUGGAUUCGCCUGCAGAGCCAUGUUAAUAUUGUGUUUGAUAGUGAAAUGGACAAAUUAAUGUUGGAAAAGUUCCCUGGCAUUAGACAGAUCCUGGAGAAGAAGGAGGGACUGUUCCGAAAGCACAUGAUGGGAAAGCGAGUAGAUUACGCAGCCCGCUCAGUCAUCUGCCCCGACAUGUACAUCAACACCAAUGAAAUUGGCAUUCCUAUGGUAUUUGCCACAAAACUGACCUACCCUCAGCCAGUUACACCCUGGAAUGUCCAGGAAUUGAGGCCAGUCAUCAACGGCCCCAAUGUGCACCCAGGAGCCUCAAUGGUCAUCAGCGAGGAUGGCAGUCGCACAGCCCUGAGUGCUGUGGACAUAACCCAGCGGGAGGCUGUGGCCAAACAGCUCUUGACACCAGCCACAGGGACACCUAAGCCCCAGGGGACAAAAAUUGUUUGCCGACAUGUAAAGAACGGGGACAUUCUCCUACUGAACCGGCAGCCAACCCUGCACAGACCCUCCAUCCAGGCCCACCAUGCCCGCAUCCUGCCUGAAGAGAAAGUGCUACGGCUCCACUAUGCCAACUGCAAGGCCUACAAUGCUGACUUCGAUGGAGAUGAGAUGAAUGCUCACUUUCCCCAGAGUGAGCUGGGCCGGGCUGAAGCCUACGUUCUGGCCUGUACCAGUCAGCAGUACCUUGUUCCCAAGGAUGGCCAGCCAUUGGCGGGACUGAUCCAAGAUCACAUGGUUGCAGGUGUAAACAUGACUAUUCGGAGUUGCUUUUUCACGCGGGAACAAUAUAUGGAGCUGGUGUACCGAGGACUCACCGACAAAGUGGGGCGCGUAAAGCUCUUUCCUCCUGCCAUCCUGAAGCCCUUUCCUCUGUGGACUGGAAAACAGGUUGUGUCGACACUGCUCAUAAACAUAAUCCCAGAGGACUACAUUCCACUGAACUUAUCUGGAAAAGCAAAAAUCAGCGGGAAAGCCUGGGUGAAAGAAACUCCUAAGCCUGUUCCUGGCUUUAACCCUGACUCUAUGUGCGAGUCCCAGGUGAUCAUCAGGGAAGGGGAGCUUCUCUGUGGAGUGCUGGACAAGGCACACUAUGGGAGCUCCGCCUAUGGCCUGGUCCACUGCUGCUAUGAGAUCUAUGGGGGCGAGACCAGCGGCAAGGUUCUUACCUGCCUGGCCCGCCUCUUCACCGCCUACCUGCAACUCUACAGAGGCUUCACCUUGGGCGUGGAAGACAUUUUGGUUAAGCCGAAGGCAGAUGUCAAAAGACAGCAGAUCAUUGAAGAAUCCAUCCACUGUGGGCCCCGGGCUGUCAGGGUUGCAUUAAACCUACCAGAAGCUGCAUCAUGUAAUGAGGUCCGAGACAAAUGGCAGGAUGCCCAUCUGGGAAAAGACCAGAGAGAUUAUAACAUGAUUGAACUGAAGUUCAAGGAGGAAGUGAACCAUUACAGCAAUGAGAUUAACAAGGCAUGCAUGCCUUUCGGCCUACACAGACAGUUCCCAGAGAACAACCUGCAAAUGAUGGUGCAGUCAGGAGCCAAAGGUUCAACUGUGAACACGAUGCAGAUCUCUUGUCUACUGGGCCAGAUUGAGUUGGAAGGUCGAAGACCACCACUGAUGGCAUCGGGCAAAUCACUACCCUGCUUUGAGCCUUAUGAAUUCACCCCCAGGGCUGGUGGCUUUGUCACUGGAAGGUUUCUCACUGGCAUUCGGCCUCCUGAGUAUUUCUUUCACUGCAUGGCAGGGCGAGAAGGCCUGGUAGAUACUGCUGUGAAAACCAGUCGCUCUGGCUAUCUCCAAAGGUGCAUCAUCAAGCACCUGGAAGGGCUGGUCGUCCAGUAUGACUUGACAGUCCGUGACAGUGAUGGCAGCGUUGUGCAGUUCCUGUAUGGGGAAGACGGCCUGGACAUCCCCAAGACACAGUUCCUGCAGUCCAAGCAGUUCCCCUUCCUGGCCAGCAACUAUGAGGUGAUAAUGAAAUCAAAGCAUCUCCAUGAAGUUUUAUCCAGAGCAGAUCCCAAAAAAGCUCUCCGCCACUUCAGAGCCAUCAAAAAAUGGCACAGCAAGCAUUCCAGUACCCUACUGAGAAAAGGUGCCUUCCUGAGUUACUCUCAGAAGAUUCAGGCAGCUGUGAAAGCCUUGAAUCUCGAGGGCAAGAACCAGAAUGGCCGCAGCCCAGAGGCUCAGCAGAUACUGCAGAUGUGGUAUGACUUAGAUGAGCAGAGCCGGCAGAAAUACCAAAAGAAGACGGCCCCUUGUCUUGACCCUAGUCUGUCUGUGUGGCGCCCAGACAUCUACUUUGCAUCUGUGUCAGAAACAUUUGAAAAAAAGGUUGAUGACUACAGUCAAGAGUGGGCAGCUCAAGCAGAGAAGAGUUACAAGAAACCAGAGCUUUCUCUUGACAGGCUGAGGACCUUGCUGCAGCUGAAGUGGCAACGCUCGCUGUGUGACCCAGGCGAAGCUGUGGGUCUGCUGGCUGCUCAGAGCAUCGGGGAGCCCUCCACACAGAUGACUCUGAACACCUUCCACUUUGCAGGCAGAGGAGAGAUGAAUGUUACCCUGGGCAUUCCAAGGUUGAGGGAGAUUCUCAUGGUGGCCAGCGCCAACAUCAAGACACCCAUGAUGAGUGUGCCUGUGCUCAAUACCAAGAAAGCCCUGAAGAGGGUGAAGAGCCUGAAGAAGAAGCUCACCAGGGUGUGCCUAGGAGAGGUGUUGCAGACAGUUGACGUCCAGGAGUCCUUCUGUAUGGGAGAAAAACAGAACAAAUUCCGGGUGUAUGAGCUGAGGUUUCAGUUCCUGCCACGUGCAUAUUACCAGCAGGAGAAGUGCCUGAGACCUGAAGACAUCCUUCACUUCAUGGAAACAAGAUUCUUUAAACUCCUGAUGGAGUCCAUAAGAAAGAAGAGUAGUAAAGCAUCAGCCUUCAGAAGCGUGAACACACGAAGAGCUACGCAGAAGGAUCUCGAUGAUGCUGAGGAGUCAGGGAGGAGUCGGGGAGAACAUGAAGGUGAUGAGGAAGAGGAAGGGAACAUUGUAGAUGCUGAAGCCGAGGAGGGGGAUGCUGAUGCCUCUGACACCAAACGCAAGGAGAAGCAAGAGGAAGAGGUGGAUUAUGAGAGUGAGGAAGAGGGGGAGGAGGAAGAAGAGGAUGAUGAGGAUGCACAGGAGGAAGGAAACAUCUGUGAUGAAGGCACCCACCAGGCUCACAAACCAGAUGAGGAGGUGGGCUCAGUCCCUGAGGAAGACUUGCCCCAGAAGCCUCGCCGUCACCAUCCAGGGACCCAGGGAGCCGAGGCUGUGGAACGUCGAGUUCAGGCUGUUCGUGAAGCCCACUCGUUCAUAGAAGAUUAUCAGUAUGACACUGAGGAGAAUCUGUGGUGCCAGGUGACAAUGAAGCUCCCUCUGAUGAAGAUUAACUUCGACAUGAGCUCCCUGGUCGUGUCCUUGGCUCACAGCACUGUCGUCUACACAACUAAGGGCAUCACUCGGUGCCUCCUGAAUGAAACUACCAACAGUAAGAAUGAGAAGGAGCUUGUGCUAAACACAGAAGGAAUCAAUCUCCCAGAGCUAUUCAAGUACGCCGAGGUGCUGGACCUACGUCGUCUCUACACCAACGACAUCCAUGCCAUGGCCAAUACUUAUGGCAUUGAGGCCGCACUGCGUGUGAUCGAGAAGGAAAUCAAGGAUGUGUUUGCUGUUUAUGGCAUUGCAGUUGAUCCUCGCCAUCUCUCCUUGGUUGCUGAUUACAUGUGUUUCGAGGGUGUUUACAAGCCACUGAAUCGCUUUGGAAUUCGGUCUAGCUCCUCCCCUCUACAGCAGAUGACAUUUGAAACCAGCUUCCAGUUUCUGAAGCAGGCCACCAUGAUGGGAUCCCACGAUGAGCUGAGGUCCCCAUCAGCCUGCCUCGUUGUGGGAAAGGUCGUCAAAGGCGGGACAGGGCUGUUCGAACUCAAGCAGCCCCUGAGAUAGCAGCCUGCACAGCACUGUUUGCCCAACCUGGAGGACCUGGGUGGCAGUGUGACUGGCUAGUUCUCCACAUGAGUGGACCAGAAGGCUAGACUCCAAGGCAUUUCAGAGCACUUCAGUGGCCUUGGGCUCCAAAAGGAGCUAUCCUCUGGACCAAGCUAGCUUCACCCAGAAAAGGGCCAUGUUGCUCAUCCUUACCCUCCCUAUCUCAGGAUAAGUGACGAGAUUCCCCAAGUCCUCCAAGUCCCUCUGAGAUGGCUUCACUUGUGCUACAAGAGAUCUUGGUGGCAAAUCCCUAGCAAGAAUUCCCAGGGCUGUUCACUGGGAAGACCAGGGCAAGUAGUGUUUUGCUGAGGGGACUCUAGGCAUCUCCAUGGCAGGGAAGUGAGAUCGCAUUGUUGUGAGUGAUCAGUGGCUUCAGGUGGGAUUCCUGGAGGUUCCUGAUGGACAGAAAUGUGGAACCUGCUACACCAUGGCCUGCCCCUCCCCAUCCCAGCCCCUGGAAGCACAAGAGUCCCAGUUCAGUGCCUCUUCCCUGGGCUAAGGGCAGGAUGGCACAAUCCUCCAUUUACCAAUUCCUGUGCCUGGGGUGGGGCCCUGGCCCUGCUACCAUAUGGCUGCCAGGCUGGCCCCAAGGCCAAGGGCAGUCUCUCCAGGGCCCCAGCAGCUCACUCCCUCACAGAAACCUCAAGUUCCCCACUAAGGCCACUGAUCCAAGUUGCUUGGCUUUCCCAGCUCUCAGCUUGGUAUCAAGGCCAGUGGCUCCCUCCAGGUCCUGUGCUGUCUGGGAUCCUCCAGGUUCCUUCUCACAGCAUAGCAGCAAGGUGCCCUAGCUUGGACAGAAAAAGCUAAGAGGACUUGUACAGAGGCUUUGUAAAACUAGAGCUGUUUCUAUUUUUAUCUAAUGUUAUUCCAACUCAGGCUGAGUAAUAAACAUCACUGGACUAGCUGUUAGGAGAAAAAAAAAAAAAAACUUGGAUUUUAAAGUUUUUUCCUUGGUUUAUAGUUUCUGAAUUUGCAGUUGAGAACCCAGGACUGGGAUUUUCUUGGCACAGUCAGAUCCUCUUUCUGGUCCUCUUCCUGCUUUUAUCUUACAAUGGGGAGGGGGCUAAUCCUGACCCCUACUGCCUCCUCCACCUCAGAUUCUAGACUGCUGGAGAGCAGUGUCCCCUUCCAGCUCUGGUCCUGUGGGCAAAAGCCUGUGGGAAGGAGCUGGACCAACAUUGGUAGGGUUAAAGGUCAGCCUUGCCACGGGUAAGGACUGCUGCUCCCUCCAGGCAUGUGAGGAAACCCCAGCCUGUGCCUCCUGUGCCCAUACAGAAACCAGUGCCCCAAGAUAGGUUGCCAUGUUCAGCAGAGCUUGGUCAUAGAGGAAUGUGAUGGCUUUCAAGGGAGGUAGGAAGAAAGGGUCCAGGUAGAACCUGCCCUGAGGGCCCAGUCUGCAGAGUAAGACACUUACUCUUUCAAUUAAAAGGCAUUUUCACUACUCAGUGAUUUCCAUCCGUAGUAGAAUUGUGAAAGAUGAUCUUCAAACUGGUGGCCGGGACAACUAGAGGAGAAUGAAUGUUUGGCCUCAUGGUUCCAUGGGGUUGGCUACACCCUCUCACUGAGGGACCAAGGUGAGAAAGCCAGCCCACAAUAGCGACAGGGCUGUGGACUGCCCACAACUACAUCAAACCCCUGACCUAUGCUGAGACGGGAGGUGAUAGCCUCCUCGCCUCACCUGUCCAUGCAGCUCUGUUUUAUACCUGUCUCCCUUCCAGUGGAUAUGUAGAAAACAGCACACCUGGCUUUUUGAAACAGUUGUUUCAGAGCCAGCACAUCUUGAUGAGCGAGGACUCUCACUGUGGUCCCCUAACUGGAUUACUCGCUCACUUCAGGGUUCUCUUGGUUUCAGAAGCCUCUGGAUAAGCCAAUGUAGUCUUUGGGUUUUCUCAGGAUUGCAAAUGCUCUUUCUCUGAGCAUGCGUAUGAGUUUUGCAAGAACCAUAGUAGGCACAAGCCAAACUUGAUAUAAGGACAGAGGGUCAAGCUGCAAAAUCACUUUUUAAUCAAAACAGAAUGAAGAUUGUCUAGUGGGAUUUACAAACUUUCCAUAGAAGUUCUUUCAGAACCCUGGGGUGUUAGCCAAAUGUCUUUCUUGCUUGCUUAUAAUGUUUUUCUUAAUCCCUCCUUUCUGAGUUCUCACCAGAAUCACUACCAGCAACCCUACAAAUGCUCCCAUGAAUCUUUGCGAUAUCUUGUGUCAUGAACCAGGUAGGAACAAAACAGGAAUGGAUGAAGCACUUUGUCCCAUUCUCAGUCUGAAGCUUGAACCUUCCUUUCAUGUCUUUGUCCAUUUUGUGUUGCCAUAACAAAGUUCCUGAGGCUGGAAACUUUAUAAAGAAAAGAGGUUUACUUACACUACUGGAGGUUCAAGAGCAGGGUAUCAACAUCUGGUUGGCUCUGGUUAAGGCUUCAUGGCAUGUGAUAUCACAAUGAUGGGAGCGUGUGCAAGAGUGACAGCAGUGCCUGUGGAAAGAGGAUUCAGAGGAGUCACCAGGCUCUCAUAACAACCUAUUCUCUUCCAAACUAAUCCAGUCAAUCCAAUGAGACCUACAUCAGUCAGUCCUUCCAAGGGUGGUGCUCCCAAGACCUGUCACUUCCAUUUGGCCCUACCUCUUAACACGUGAACCUCUGGGGAACAAACCAUAGCACCUUCCCUGGGCCCUUCCCCCAAAUCUGUAUAUGUCUACCCAUUGAGCACUAAACUCCCCACUCCUUCCUCCCCUCAGCUGUUGGCAACUAUCAUUCUUCUUUCCCUCCCUAUAAAUUUGACUUCUCCAGAUUCCUCCUUAAAUGGAAGCACACAGGAUUUGUCUUUUCCUUACUAGCUUGUUUCACUUAGCACGUCCUCAAGGUUAACUGACAUAAUAGCAUAUAUCAGGAUUCU